AUCAAAUAUCAGUGCAUAUGCAAAAACAAAAGAAAACAGAAAGUUCUUUGAAUCUUUCUGAGUAACACUAUGAAUUUAAGGGGAACCAAAAGCAAAAAAGCAUAAUAUCUUAAUACAGAGAAGAAAAACAGAUUACAAGAAGAAAAGAAAAAUUAAAAGACACUCAAUCACCAUUUGAUCAAUAAUAUUUGUUAUAUAUGAGAACAAACUGCAAUUUCUUGAGACUUAUUGUGCAUUGUACACGAAAUAAAAAUAAGGUACAAAUUUGCAUUGCAGUGAAAGCUACUAUGAGUAAUGUGGAUGUCAAGGUAACUAACUUGAAUAAUAUAACAAAUCAAUUAUCUAAAUUUUGUUCUGAUUAUGUAUCACAGAAAAUGAAAGAAUCAAAAUUGUGUAUAUACACUAAGAAAUGGUACAUCCAGUAUAUUAUAUCAAGUAUAUUUACUUUUUACAUCACACUUUCUGAUAAACUUGCAACCCAACUUAACAUCAACUUUUCGUCAGACUGAUACAGGAAUUGAUGCUUUGUGAGUCAGUUUCCACAAAACGACUCAAAUUCUCAAAGUAAAACACCUUUAGCCUAAAUUAAUAAUAUCCCAUGCUCUUCCUUUUCCAUAAGGUCUCAAUCUAAUGUUUCUUACAGCAAAAGCUAUGAUGAAAGCACAACAAUUUUUUCCUUCAAAAGGAUGAAAACUUUUAUAAUAAAAGUUGUUCAAAAGCUAAUCACUUUUUCCCAGCAAAAAAAAGUUACUAAAGAACUCCAAUAAUUACGAUUUUAACUGUAAUGAUAAAAAUGUGUUCUUGAAGAAAUAGCAGGUCAGCUUUUCAGAAAGUUUCUGCUUUUUCCCACUUUCUUUGAUGCUAAUUACAUCAAACAUCAUUCUUCUUUGUUCCCCUGCAGAGUCUAUUAAAUCUCAACCGGUCCACCAUAAUUCUAAUACUAACUAAUUAUUCCUUUGAGAAUUUUCAACUUCCACUUGAAAAUCUCAUAUGGCUUAUUUUCUCCCUUACACCCUCUUCACCCUAUACUUCACUAUCUUCUUAACCAUUUUUAACAAGUCCAUUGAUGGGUUUUCCAUUAAGCAGUCUGUGCAACAGAAAAAAGUGACACAGACAGUCAAUGCAAAGCACCUCCACUUUUAUUUCCAUGACAUUCUUAGUGGCAAAAACCCAACUGCUGUGAACAUAAUUACUCCGCCUGAUGGUUUAAUUUCCAGCUUUGGAAGCACUCUGAUGAUUGAUGAUGCACUAACUGAAGGGCAAGAUUCCAGCUCAAAAGUCAUCGGAAGAGCACAAGGAUUUUACUCUGUGGCCUCACAAAGUGACUUGGCAUUUCUUAUGGUCAUGACUUUUUCUUUUGUGGAAGGUGAAUAUAGAGGAAGUUCCCUCAGCAUUCUCGGGAGGAAUCCGGUCUUAAACGACGUGAGAGAAAUGCCAGUUGUUGGUGGCACCGGCAAGUUCAGGUUUGCACGUGGCUAUGCCUUGGCUCAUACAGUUUGGUUUGAUGCUAGUACAGGGGAUGCCACUGUUGAAUACAAUGUUCAUGUAUCAGGCUAAUUAUACUUGUUUGUUAUAUUUCUUUCCAAUUUUUAUGUUAGUUGUUUGUUAUAUUUCUUUCCAAUUUUUAUGUUAGUUGUUUAUUACUAAUUUUUAUUGAGCUUUGCUCAUCUGGUUUUUCCA